AUGCCCUCUCAACAACCGCAAGGGUCGUCCAACCGUAAUGUCUCUAUCAUUUUCAAAUUUUGCACACCGCCGGCUUCAAAGAAGUCCUCAAGCUCCACCUUCGGAAUGAAUUUCUUACCGACUAACGAGCCCGCGCCGAUGACUUCUCAGGCUAACUCCAGCCUGCUCUACUCUCAAUGGCCAAGCCCCCAGGACGAGAACUUGAGUGUCAAUUAUUCGCAAAUGUCCUACCAAAUGGAUUCCACCUUCGACGCUUACCCCGCCAACCCGAUGACCCCUUAUGCGCCUGCCCCUCAGCGCUGCGGAUUUCCCACCUCCAGGGAUGGCAUGCCAAAAUAUGAUGGAAUGGGAUCAAUGUCGCAAAUGGACGCCGGAUCGUUCUACCAGCCUCUUGACUCCAAUUUCUUAUUCAAUGUUGAAAAUUCCCUUCCAUCGUCAUAUAGCACCUAUUCAUAA